AUGACAUCAGGAGCACAGACAGGUAAUUUUAUUCAAAACCUGGCACUGAAUCAAAAGGCUGUCCAGUCUUCAACCAGCGACAGUGUGAGCCUUGCUAGCAAGGCAGUUGAUGGGAAAAGAGACUCGAGCUUUCAAAGAGGAUCCUGCACGCUUACCAAGUCAGAAUCUGAUCCCUGGUGGAGGGUAGACCUGGGAAAAGUGUAUACAAUUGGUGCUGUAAUGAUAACCAAUAGAGCGGAAUUGGAAAACGGGCUGGAUGGGGCUGAAAUCUGGAUCCAAAAUUCAACAAAGAUCAAUGACACUGAAAGCUUGAGGUGUGCAGUCAUCGCUCACAUUCCCGGUGGACAGACGUUUUACUUUCCAUGUAGGCCCCUUCAGGGACGCUACAUCACUGUGCUUCUCCCAGGAAGUGGGAAGGUCCUAAGUCUCUGUGAAGUUGAAGUGUACUAUGGAUACCCAUUACCCAAUGUGGCACUGAAAGGAGAAGCUACCCAAUCAUCUACACUCUCAUUUGCCUCUGCGUCCAAAGCCAUCGACGGUAGACGGAACUCAUUCUAUAGCAAUGGCUUCUGUAGCCACACUGCUGAAGAUGAGACCAACCCCUGGUGGAGGGUAGACCUGCAGCAAAGCUUUAGAAUCACUGCUGUAAAAAUCACCAAUAGAGGAGACUGCUGUGCUGAAAGACUGGAUGGAGCUGAGAUCAGAAUUGGGAACUCACUGGAGAACAAUGGAAACAAUAAUCCCAGGUGUGCUUCCAUUUCCCGUAUCAAAACGGGUAAAACCUCCACAUACCAGUGUGAUGGAGGCAGCAUGGAGGGUCGCUUUGUGAACGUGUUUCUUCCUGGACAGAAGAAAACUCUCACCCUGUGUGAAGUGGAGGUGUAUGCUGCCCUAGCAGGUGUGGCAUUAUCCCAUCAUUUCCGGGUACACUGACAUACACAUUCCAGUGUAAUGAAAUGGAA